UUUGCUUCUUUUUGUCAUGUGAAAGCUAACAGGCUAACAGGCUACUAACAGUGACCAUGGAUGUGAGCCGGUUCGCACCGGGACGGCGACGCGGUGUCACCGGACAACGAUAACAUCUGUCCCCUGAAACGACCCUCUGUCCUGCUCGCUAUCUGUCUGCCGUGUGCAGUCCGUGUGCAGUCGGCCGGUUAUCUUUGCGACUUUUGCCCCCUUUAUCCCGCUGUGGCUCAUGCUAGCUGGUUAGCCGGUUAGCUAAUUAGCUGCCGUUAAGUUAUAAAGCGGCGUCGCUUGCUUUGCGGCUAACGUUAACUGGCGAGGCGGACUGGACGGACAUGUGCAAUGGCAUCGGUUCGGGUGGCUGUCCGGGUCAGGCCCAUGAACAGACGGGAGAAGGAUUUGACUGCAAAAUGCAUCAUCAAGAUGGAGGGGACCAAAACCACCAUCACCAACCUGAAGAUCCCUGAUGGCAUCGCAGGUGAUUCCACGAGGGAUCGAACCAAAACCUUUACGUACGACUUCUCCUACGACUCCACAGACUGUAAGAACUCCACCUUUGUCUCUCAGGAAAAGGUUUUUAAAGAUCUGGGUUUGGAUGUGCUGAAGGCGGCGUUUGAGGGCUACAACGCCUGCGUCUUCGCCUACGGGCAGACCGGCUCUGGGAAGUCCUACACCAUGAUGGGAAAUCCUGGAGAUGCAGGUCUGAUCCCGAGGUUCUGUGAAGGUCUGUUCAGCCGCAUCUCUGACGCCACUCGAUGGGAUGAAGCGUCAUUUCGUACAGAAGUCAGCUACCUGGAGAUCUACAACGAGAGGGUGAGAGACCUGCUGAGGAGGAAAUCCACUCAGACCUACAACCUGAGAGUCCGGGAGCACCCAAAAGAUGGACCGUAUGUAGAAGAUCUGUCCAAACACCUGGUGCAGAACUACAGCGAUGUGGAGGAGCUGAUGGAGGCCGGAAACAUCAACCGCACCACCGCCAGCACUGGCAUGAACGACGUCAGCAGCCGCUCGCACGCCAUCUUCACCAUCAACUUCACACAGGCUAAGUUCGACGCAGAGAUGCCCAGUGAGACGGUCAGUAAGAUCCACCUGGUCGAUCUGGCAGGCAGCGAGCGAGCCGACGCCACCGGAGCGACGGGCGUCCGGCUGAAGGAAGGAGGAAACAUCAACAAGUCGCUGGUCACCCUGGGCAACGUUAUCUCUGCUCUAGCUGACAUGACGCAGGAUGGUGUGAACACGAACCUGAAGAAGAAGUCAGUGUUUGUUCCCUACAGAGACUCGGUGCUGACGUGGCUGCUGAAAGACAGCCUGGGCGGCAACUCCAAGACCAUCAUGAUCGCCACUAUUUCUCCCGCUGACGUGAACUACGGUGAGACGCUCAGCACUCUGCGAUACGCCAACCGAGCCAAGAACAUCAUCAACAAACCAACCAUCAACGAGGACAGCAACGUCAGGCUGAUCAGAGAGCUGCGGGCUGAAAUCGCCCGACUGAAAGCUCUGCUGGUUCAGGGCAACCAGAUUGCUCUCCUGGAUUCACCCACUGCUCUGAGUAUGGAGGAGAAACUGCAUCAGAAUGAAGCCAGAGUUCUGGAGCUGACUAAAGAAUGGACCAACAAAUGGAACGAGACACAGAACAUUCUCAAGGAGGAGACUCUGGCUCUGAGGAAAGAGGGGAUCGGUGUGGUGCUGGACUCUGAGCUGCCUCAUCUCAUCGGCAUCGACGAUGACCUCCUCAGUACCGGCAUCAUUCUGUACCAUCUAAAGGAGGGACGGACAUACGUGGGCAGAGAGGAUGCGUCCACAGAGCAGGACAUCAUCCUGCACGGUCUGGACCUGGAAAGCGAGCACUGUAUGUUUGAGAACCAGAAUGGUAAAGUGACUCUGGUGCCGCUCAGCGGAGCUCAGUGUUCAGUUAAUGGAGUUCAAGUGACGGAGCCGUCGCAGCUCAACCAAGGUGCCGUUAUUCUGCUCGGCAGGACGAACAUGUUUCGGUUCAACCAUCCAAAGGAGGCGGCCAAGCUGAGGGAGAAGCGAAAGAGCGGCCUGCUCUCCACAUUCAGCCUCUCUAUGACGGAUCUGUCCAAGUCGUGUGAAAACCUGUCCACUGUGAUGCUCUACAACCCUGGUCUCUUCACUGAGAAGGGCCCCGUCUUCCUCAGGUUGGAGUUUGAGAGACAGCAGCGAGAAGAGCUGGAGAAACUGGAGCUGAAAAGGAGGCUGAUCAAGGAGAUGGAGGCAAAGCACCAGAGUGAGAAGGCAGAGCUGGAGCGCCUGCAGCAGGAGGUGGAGAGUCAGCGUAAGGAGUCUGAGGAGGUGCAGCAGCGGAUCCUCCAUCAGGAGGAAAGCCUCCGCCGCCGCAGCCAGGAUAUUGAGAGCCGCCUGCGAGACUUCCUGGCAGAGAAGCAGCGCUUUGAGGAGGAGAGACGCUCAGAGAUACACAGGGAGGACCUCCAGCUGCAGAAGCGGCAGCAGGAGGGUGAAGCAGAGGAGGAGCAGGACGAGGAGCAGCGGCGGCAGCAGGAGGCUGCAGAGCAGACUGAGAUCUACCGUGAGCUGGAGAGACUGAAGAGGGAGCGCGAAGAGCAGAAGGUUCGUCUGGAGACUGAGCGGCGGCGGCUGGAGGAGCAGGAGCGGGAGCAGCUGAGUCUGGUGGGCAGGCUGGAGGAGCAGCUGAGGGAGAAACACGAAGCAGCCAACACCCUGCUGACCCGGGAGGACGCCCGCCGCCUGCAGGAGGAAUGUCGAGCCCUGGCUGAGAUCAGAGAGGCACUUCUCCGUGCCAAAGAGGCUGCAGAGCGGCCUGAUGUGGAGGACGCCAGUGAGGAGGCGCGAUCUGCCCAGGCACGAUACACAAACUUCAAGGAGGCUCAGGUGAAGGAGCUGGGUCAGCUGGAGGAGGGGCUCCAGCAGCAGAGGGAGCGCCUGGAGAAAGAGGUCAUUGCUGAGCGCAACACACUGCUGCACCUCGCUCACAGCCUCAAAGACCGACAUCAACAGCUGAAAGAGACGCAGGAGAAGGGGGCGCAGGACGCUACAGCUGUCUGCCAGGAGGAGCAGCUGGUCAAACAGGCGGAGCACAGACUGCAGUUUAAGGAGCGUCAACUGGCCAGCUUGGCCGACAGCCUCCUUCCUGCACUGGCCGAGGAGAAGCAGAGAGCUGCCGAGAUGCUGGAGCGCAGCGGCGGAGGCAGCAACGGGAACUGCGACAGCCCGCCGGGGCUCGACAACACGCUGUUCCAGGUGGAGAAGGAGCUGGAGGACAAAGAGGAGAAACUGAACCUCCACUGGCACAGCGCUCAGCAGCUCCAGCAGCUUCAGGAGACCUACGAGUUCACGGCCAACGUGGCGCGGCAGGAGGAGAAGGUGAGGAGGAAGGAGAAGGAGAUCCUGGAGUCAAAGGAGAAGCAGCAGAGGGAGGCGAUGGAGCAGGCAGUGGCCCGGCUGGAGAGGAGGCACUCGGCCCUGAGACGCAGCGUCUCCCUGGAGCCCGACACUGAGGAGCAGAGACACAAGAACUCCGUCAUCAGGAACCAGAGGACGGGGGCCGACCUGGACCAGCAGAGGGUGGAGCGGGAGAUCCAGAAGCUGAGACAGAGGAUCAGUGAAGGGGAGGACAACAACAGGUCUCACUCCAUCAGUAAUGACGAGAAAACGAGUCACAACAGCUCUCCAGUCAGCCACAUCCAGAGUCUGAACACUCUCCUGCCGUUGUCCGACGACAGGAUAAAUGCGUACAUUGAAGAGGAAGUCCAGCGAAGGUUACGCAAGAUGAAUCUUCUCAAUGGCAGCAGCAACCUGGAUCUGUCUCUGUCCUGUGAAUCGCUCAGGGAGGAGGAGGAAACUAGUGACUGUAGCUCUGUUAGAUUAACAGAUGAGGAUGAUGAAAAGCUGCAAAACAUUAAUCCAAGGAGGCAUAAAUAUGAGAAAGACGGCGGGUUGUGGUCUAGCUUCCUGUCUGCCCGGGAACUUGAGGCAAACUCCCCUCCUAACAUCCAGGAAAACAUGUUGGAAGAACCAGAGAACGGCCUCUCAAAGCUUUGCAGAGAAGAAAAACUAGAAUCCACAGCUGAAGUCUUGAAUGAAGAAGGGGAAGGGUCUUACAAAUGGUUGCAAGGAGUGAAUAUCCCUGUAGGAGGACUGGACCGAGAUGCUUGUGAAGUUGAUCGUCUUGACAUUGGACAACACAAGUUUUGUGUCACCUCGUCAAACACGGAGAGAUUUGAUGAAAACGAGAAUAUUACCGAAAAAUUAAGAAAAGAUUCUGUGUGCUGUGUUCCUGGUGAGCAUGAUAAACCAAUUGAAGACAGAAAAAAGGUAAAAGGAUGCUCUUAUCCUUACUCAGAGGACAAAGUCCAGCACCAAACAUGUGACUCAGGCAUAGUAGAAGAUGCAGGACUUCCCAAUGCUCAGUCGUCAGUGGUGCAGAACUCUGUCAAUGUUGACAUCAAUUCCAAGCAGGAGUCGAAGGAAUCCAUUCAUGGGCUAAUAAAGCAAGAGACAGACACAGUAGCUGGGAAAGUGGCGGCCAGCAGCAGCUAUGUUUUUGGGUAUUUUGCUGGAAAGCUGUCUGAAGUGUACAAAGAUGCUGGUAGAAGGCUACAAGGCACACGUGACCUCAUUCGAAAUGUCCGAGUGGAUGAAAUGAAGGUGGUAGUCUCUCAGUAUGUGACCAUGAUGUCCAAAGAGCUGCCACUGAUUCACCGAGCGCAGCGUAAACCAGAGCCACAACCUUGCAUCCUUGCAGACAACAAAGUCAGUCUGGUUGAUCAACCAAGGGAUUGCGCCCUUAUUCGUCCCCAGAAAUUCAGCGUGUCUACAAUCCCGGGCGUCUCAGGAUGGCCCGAAGGCACUGUGUCGUCUCUCAAAAACACAUGUCCUGAAGUGUUUUAUCAGAGGCUGGUCCAGCUGCCACCAGCGUUGUCUCAGCUGCAGCCACUUACAUCCCAGCAGAUGCUAGGAAAGUUGGAAUCUCUGGUUCCUCAGAUGAAAGUCAACAAACUUUUGAGUAUCUUCUGGCUCAAAACUGCCAACUGUAAGCAACCAAUCCCAAAACCUGGCUGCUUGCUUUUGACAGCAAAGGACAUUAUAGUGGUGGCAAGUGAAAAGAAAUCAGAGGACAUCUUAGCUGUUUGUCACCAUUUUAAUCUCCUGGAAAUCAAGGAGGUCCAGAUAAGCUUGGCAGGGCAGCACAUUCGCCUGAUUGGCUGGACCGAAGACACCAUCUUGGUUGUCUUUACCCACAGCAAAGAGCUUACUCAGGAGUUUUGCAAGGCUUUACUGAAGGUUCUCUCUCCUGAGAAGUUCUCUGAAGGGACUGAAGAUCACCCGUUACUAACUGAUGAUCUCAUGGUCCUCUCUCUGGAUUGGACGUCGCGUGUUCCUGACAUCGUCCUCGACAAUGGCAUUCACGUCACCACUAGAUUCAAGCGCGUCCUUGCAGACCUGCUCUACAUCGUCCACGGGAACAUGGAUGGACCUGGCAAACCUUCUCUGGCACACAUUUGUCCUCUGCUCUACACCAGCGUCAGGGUCAAGAACCCUACCCAAGUGCAUCAGGAUGUCAUUUUUCAAUUUCUCCUGACGGACACUCACAUGGCUCUUCUCCGGGAGGACGGCGUCUUUCACCCGGUGCCACGGGGCUCCACUCUGGUUCCUGCCAAGCCCCAGUUUCAGGGACUCGAUGUCCGAAAGCGUUCAGACAUCAGAUGCUUGCUUGUGAGGCAGAGUGAUAACUGCGUAGUGGUUGAUAUCACGUUCGCAACUCACAAACCACACACUCGAAGGAGGAAGAUGGAGUCCAGACGAGGCUCAGCUGACAUGCCCUCUGUCUCUCAUUCCAGUAGCCAGUGUGAUUCCUGGAAGUUGUCUUUUGGUUGCACUUCAGAAGCUGUGAUCUUGAUUAAUCAUCUUUGUGCCUGAGUUACUCACCUAAAAAUGGUGUUACCUGAAUUCAUUCACAAAUGCAGUGUCCCUACCAACCUUACCCAAGGAGGAAUUUUAAAAAGAAAGAAAUGAUCAGCCACCUUAUUUGCUUUAGGAUGUCCAAAAAGGUGAUUCAUCAUUGAGCCAAAGUAAAAUGGACACAUCCUAAAGUAUUUUUAGAAUUUCUUUUAAACAUUUUAUAAACUUUUCAGCCUGUAAUUCAAAUGUUAUUCUGUCAUUCAGCCUUUUUGCCACAAAGUUCUAAGAUUGUCUUUUGAGAUUAAGAUGCACAGACCAUGCUGGUUUGUAUUAGCUGUAAUCUCUUGUAAUUUCUGUAGUUUAUUUGUAGUUAUAAUAAAUGAAUCAGUUGUAUUUGUGAAAGUUAAAUGUUUUUUGGCUGUGUCUAUUUCCUGUUUUUAGUCGUGUUGACGAUUCUUGAUUAUUCUUGUUUAACUUUUGAUCUUAUUUGUUUCAAAGGGAAAAAUGCUGAUGUCACUUAAUUGCACCAUUUGGUCUAAAAUUUUGCAGCUUGCACUUUAAGAAAAAUGAUUGUGAUGUGAUGACUUGAAGAAAAUGGGAGGAUUUGUCGUGCUGUGAUUACAGAUGAACUGUGAUUAGUAUGUAUCUGAUUAAUGUGCCUGUAAAAAUUGCAAUGAGAACGUGUUAAUUGUGUAAACAAGUUAAUAAAGAUUGAACUUUCCAUGAUUAUUAUUGUCUGAUUAUAUUUAGUAAUCCCAGUAAAUCAUUUUUGAAAUCAAGUUCAAGAAAUUGAUUCACGACAAUUGUUGUAAUUUUUUCUCAGUCAACCCUUUACUCUCCACCUCUUCCUUCUUCUCUCUUCCUGUCUUUUUUCCUUCCCCCGAUGAC